CCGUUUUGCUACGAAAUGACCACCCGAAUUCGUUAAAAGAAACAGUUGCGCAGAAGAUGUUCAAGGUUCCGAAUUUCGUUUAUAUUUUCUCUCAUUCUUAUCCAUUCAGACUCACUUUGUCAUGUCCUCUCUUGGCCAUCUAGCACGCUCGUUCGCUGAAACAUCCUGUCAGGACAUCGUGCAAGUGCAACCAACAAAAAGGGGACGCCACUAGCGCCUUCCUGCGGAAGCACUGGUCGGAAGCGAGCGAAAACGGCGGAAGUCUGGGUCUGGGCGCGUCUGGGUAACAAGACCAACGCUCGUGAACCAAAUCAAAACAGCGCCCGAAGUUGCCAGUGAUUUCAUAAACUAGAGUGCAUAAUGGUAAUUUCGUUGCGCGCAUACAAAGAUUGAUUGGUCUGCAUCAACGUAUGCCGUUCGCUCCUUGGUCGCUCGGUUUUAGGUCUUCUUAAGCUUCUUUGUGGGCGAGCCGCGGCGGAAGCUGGUGUAUGCAAGAUGCCAGCCAACAAAGAUGGGCACAUUGUCAAAAUUGCUGUUGAGAUGGCUGAUCAGGUGCCUCAGCUGAUCGAAUUCGACCAACAGAGACCACUGACUGCCAUUAUUCAAGACCUGUGUAAUCACUGGGCCAUAACUGAUUCUGACCAGUACUCGCUUCGAUUUUCGGACAACACCCAGUCUUACAUAACAGAAAAAAAUAGAAAUGAGAUAAAAAACGGCUACGUUCUGCGUUUAACUCCAAGUCCUACCAAAACUGCGCAGGAAAUUUUGGAAAAGUUGAGAAAUGGCACCUUGGAAGAGAGACGGAUGGCUCUGUCAAACUUGGUCAAACUGUCGUCUGAUUAUACGUUUGCAUUAGAAUUUAUCAACAAGCAAGGCCACCAGCUGCUUGUCAGUAUAAUAGAAGGUGGCAACUACACGGGGGAGCACCUGGCUCUGACUCUACAGUCCUUCGUCGAACUCAUGGACCACGGCAUUGUCUUCUGGGACAUUCUUGAACCUAAGUUGAUAGGAAAAGUUGCCAAUCAGGUGAACACCAAUAUGCCACAGGACAGCAGGACCCUGCAAGCAUCUCUUUCCAUCUUGGAGUCAUUAGUACUGAACAGUUCAAGCCGUUACUCCAUGGUGGAUCAACAAAUCACACUGCCCAACCUUAUUGUGCACAUUCAAAGUGGUAGCGCUGAAAUCCAGCAGUCUGCCAUUGCUCUCAUUAAUGCGCUCUUCCUUAAAGCAGAAAGCCUGACAAAGCGUAAGACGCUGGCUGCCACGCUGUCAUCACGCCACAUUCGUGACGUUAUUCUUACCACAGUGCUGCAGCGCUCACAGCAGCAUGUUGGCACCGAGAUGGCCCACCAACUUUAUGUGUUGCAAACACUCCUUCUCAACUUGCUGGACGAACGACGUACCCGGAUCGACCCAAAUGAUCCAGAAGCGCGAGAACGCAUCCUGGAACUGCGCCGCUUCGCCUUCGAUUCUGAUGGGGAAGCGACGAGUGGCCGCAAGACUGGCGGAUAUGCCAAGGACUACAAAAAGCUCGGCUUUCAGAAUCACACCAAUCCCGUGCAAGACUUUGCUGAACCUCCUGGGAUGUUGGCAUUGGACAAUAUGGUGUACUUUGCGAGGAACCAUACGGACAAUUACAUCAAGGUGGUUCUGGAAAACUCAUGUCGUGCUGACGAGCACGAGUGCCCCUUUGGCCGCAGUAGCAUCAGGUUGACAAAGCUCCUGGCUGAGAUGCUGAAGGUCGGUGAAUUGCCAACAGAACAGGGAAAGACCUUCUACCCAAUGUUCUUUACCCAUGAUCAUCCCUUUGAAGAAUUUUUUUGUAUAAGCAUCAUGCUCCUGAACAAGACAUGGAAAGAAAUGCGUGCUACGACAGAAGACUUUGCAAAAGUUUUCAGUGUUGUGCAAGAACAAAUUGCUCGUGCAACUGACCCUCCUCCAGCAACACUAGACAAGUUUAAGAGUAAGUUGGCUACGCUGACGUACUCUGAAAUAAUGAACCUGUGGCAGCAGGAACAGUCAACACGGGAGGAAUGGGAAAGCCAGGCAAAGCCCAUUGUCGAAUUGCGGGAACGAGUUACUCCAGAAAUUCUGGACUUGAUCCGGCAGCAGAGAUUGCAGUUCCUACACGAUGGAACACUUUUCACCAAGUACUCUGCUAAGGGUCACCGCAUCAAAGACAAGUUCUGGUACUGCCGUCUAUCUGCGAACCAGAAGGUGCUGCAUUAUGGUGAUUGUGAAGAGAACGCAGUCUCCAGUAUUGAGGACCUCCCCCAUAAGUUGGCUGUGGUAGAGAUCCGUAGUCUGGUGACUGGCCGUGAGUGCCCUUAUAUGAAAGAUACCCGCAAGGCCCGCUCGACCGCCUCUCUGGCCUUCUCCUUGAUUCUGGACUCUGAACAAGAGCCACUCAACUUUGUAGCCCCCAACGAGAAGGUGUUUGACUACUGGACGGACGGCAUCAAUGCUCUGCUUGGCAGGACUAUGGUUAGUAAGGAGACCAAGAAUGACCUGGAGGUUUUACUUAGCAUGGAGGUCAAGCUUCGUCUGUUGGACACCGAAGGAGUUGACAUUCCCGAGAAUCCUCCACCGAUUCCCAAAGAGGUGACUAAUUUCGACUUUUGCUACGAUUUCAAAUAAGCCCAACGAUGGGUAAUGUGCAAAGUGUCUCAUUUGUGCGCAACAGUACUGCAGUGCCAUGGGAGAGCAAUUUUCUCUGUUCUUACAAGCUGCCAGUACUUCGACACAGGCCAGGGCAGGAGUAGAUGUAUAUUUUAUAGCGCUUAAGUGGAACUGUUAACAAGGGACAAGGAGAGUGACAGUAAUGGUUCACAACUUAAGAAACUUCAACAGUGUUAAAGGAGUUCUGCACAGUCUGAAAAACACUGCAUCUGAUAAAGUCCCUGAAGGACAACAACAAUGCAAAGUUUCGUCGCAUUUAGUGGACGCAAACAUAUUUAAAACCAUUCACAAUUACCAUAUUUUCACGAAUCUAAGACGACCCCCAUGUUCGGGUACACAGAUUUGAAAAAAAAAAGUUAACAGGAGAUUGGGAGGCAGUAUAACAUUUAGAAGCGAUGCACAAUAUCGUUUAUUCAUCACCGCUUUUUUCGACGCUGUUUUCUUUGUCGCUAUCUGCCCACAGCUUAUUGUCCUCCGUUCCGUCCAACGCGUAGACAAACUAUACUUUUUAAAAGCGUGCAAGAACGUCGUCAAGCACAUCACGUCCAAAAUCUACUGCACUGGCGAGAUUCUUGAUUUCUCCCUGUUGCUUUAGCCAUCUUUUAACAUUUGCUUCCGUUACUUGAAAGUGCCUCGCCGCAGCUAAAUCGUUUCUGCAUUCAGUGGCGAGAGCGAUAACUUUGCAUUCAAACGCAGAGUGACGACGCCACGACAGUGUAUGAAGGCCGUCCCCAUUGUUCCCGUAUUGCCGUAUUUACAUUGCUUUGUUUGUUUCGUGCUGACUGGCGCUGACAACCACAGCAUGUAGCAUCGGCCACGCCGCGCUGUGGGCCAGAUCCCUUCGCCCACACCCGCCUCUCUCAUGACUUUAUUGUGGCAUAGAUAUUCGAAUUUAAGAUGACACUCGGCAUUGGAAUACAAGAUUUUAGAAAAAAAAAAGAAGAAAAAGGUUGUCUUAGAUUCGUGAAAAUACGGUAUGUAAAAACUUGCUGGCUCUUGGCUGUUGGCAACCUGUUCUGUGACGUAAUGGCUCAUUUCCAAACCAAUGGAAGCUGCCGUCUUUGCAUUGGCUAUUUGGCUCAGCUGCGACUGCACAGCAUUCUCCCGCGAAAUGGCCUUGCUGUCCGUCUGACAUUGAAGGGCGCAUGCCGGGUGACUGGCUUUGAGAGAUGACAUCAUGAUGAGCACGAAAAUGGCACUUCUUUUGCAUCGGCAAAACCGAAACCAAACUGUUAAACGCCGUCAAUUCCCAGUGUUAGUAAAAACCACAGAAACCAAUGGUGGUGGUGGUUUAUGAACUUUGAGUUCACGCAAACGUUAUAGACCCAACAUUAGAAAAGUCUUGGUCGCUCUGUGCAGAACUCUUUUGAGAUUAGCAACAUGUUCUGGAAAAUAGUUCCAAUCAACAACAGUACAUGAAAUAAGCUGAAUUUGAAAUAACCAUUGUGCAGCAAAAACUGAACUGUAAAUGUUAGUGGAACCUAUGUGAUAGACAUUGGCAGUUCAAAGCACAUCUGACGUCCCAUUAUUUGAACAUGAUGGCAUAAGUUAUAUCCCUACAAUUGUUUGAUGUGGCUUCCAGACAGGAAUUGAGUUUCCCUAGAGUACUACUUUGUCUCUGCAAGUUGUAGUAAUAUUGCACAUUCUGUUAUCCCUAUUUAUGGUGUACACUUCCAUUGAUUCAUAUUAAUUUUUUAAACUCAGUUGAGUUCAAAUGUCCUAGGAAAUAUGUUUGUUCUAUUUGAAUGCACAAGCAGUUUGCACUGGAUGAUUGGACUAAAGAAAACCUACAUGCAUGCUUCUCACACAGUACAUCCUCUGCAGUAAGGUAGUGCUGUUCGGGGGUGGCUGCGUAGGAGCAGUUUCUUUCAUUCAAUCUUGGAACACUUUUUAACUUCAUGGUUGUAUUGGGGUCGAAUUAACAACAGUGUUUUGCAUGUGCAUUUAUUGUGUCCAAGUCAUGUACACUGCUUUCCAAGAACCCUAGCUACCUAUAUAUAACUUUGACGGAGAAGCAAGCUCGAAGUGAGCCAGUCACUCAAUGAUUAUGUGAAUGUAAACUACUUUUGAUGAUGAUGUGUGCCAACGCAAGCUGAAGCGGGCACCUGCAGAAAGCCAUGAGCAUCCCGUGGGAGCUUUGCUCAUGGCUGCCUGCCCCCUUGCAAGAUGCGAUUCUGGAGCUUUGUGUGGAAUAUCCAACCCACAUGCCUUGAGGGUGAACAUCACCUUGAGAAACAGAUGCCCGUGCUGGGAUUACGUAAAGAUGAACUGCCACAUGCUUUUUGAAUGUCAGUUUCAAGCAUUUUUUGUCAAUUAGCUUGACAGCAUGCAAACAUUGUCUGUCCAGUGGCCUUCCCUUCCAUUAUUGAGAGAGAGUAGGUUUCCUGACAAUGGCCUGCGAUGGCUUUGUGAUACCGGACAUGCGGUUAUCACCGUUACACCACGUUGCUCAACAGUUCUUGCUGGCAUGUUUUCAGUAAUGGAUGUCUUUCUCGUGGCACAUAGAUAUUGUUCACAUUUGUUGAUUCUAAGAGGACAUCUCCUUUGUGAACACAUAUAACACUUUCUAAAAAUAAUGUUCCUUAUAGUCAGGGUUCCACAUUUUUGAUGUUUAUUAUAAUGAAGGUUGCUGUAAUGGCUACAAUUGUCAAAGCACAAGUCACCUUGGGGAAGGCAGGCAGAGAUAAAUCUAGUAUUGUUGUUGUUGUUGUAUUGGUAAGGGUCAGCCUUGCACUUCCCCAGCUAUUUGAGGACUGGGAAUAAGGCAACAUCUGUUUCAGGUGACUGUACAUCAGAGAGCCACUCACACAUCUAAAGCGAGUUGUUGACACAGCUGGUGCAUGUUUAUUGCCACUUUUCAGCUUGAACGGAAACCUUAUUUAAGGAGAUAUUCAAUGUGUAUGCCAUUCCCUGGUGCUCUUAAGUGUGAAACAAUUUGCCACAAAAUUAAUCAUGCAAUAAUAUUGUACAUAAAAAAUUAAGUUUCGCAAGUUACCAGGAUGUUAUAUGCCAGUCACAUAAACAAUAUGUGGUCACAAAUGUUCAGCUGCUAUACAUAGUCAGGUAUUCAGUGCUAGCAGUAGUGGUAACUAGAGCGAAACAGCAGUCUCCUUUCAGAUCGGUGUUCUAAUGAUCGCCAUGGGGGGAGGCAAAGUAGUAGACGCCUGCUCUUCGUUUUUGGGGUGAGAGCAGUACUAUUUUUUUUAGAUAUGUGGGCGGGCAUUGCGCUUGUCUCAUCCUGCAAUUGGCAAUACAAACAGCAGGAUUUCACAAUAAGUUGUUGCUUUGGAGGUAAUCCAUUUGGUUGAAGCAAAUGUGGAUCUAGUCAAGUGAUGUGUGCAGCAAUCUCAUGGAAAGUUGCUCAUCUUGGAGUCUCAUGAAUAUCAUCAUUUCAGUAUGUGUAUGGAUGGUACAAUGUUGAAAUAAACUUGUAUACAAUAAACACU